GGCAAGAUGGACGCCAGGCAGCCAGGAAAAAGACCCCAACCCCAUCCGCGCAGCUGUCCGCGAGGCCCCGCGCACAGCCUCCUCACCCCCGCUAUCCGCGGCCUCCGGGUCCUCCUCCGCCUUCCGCUUGAGCUUCUGGGAGGAGGGGCUAACCGGCGCGUCCCCCAGCAGGUACUUAUGCUCCUGGCCCCGCAGGUGCUUGAGGUAGCGGUCCUUCAGGGACUGCCACGAGUGCUGCGUGAGCGAGCUCUUCUCCAUCGCUUUCCACAAGGCGUUACCGGUGACGGAACUGGGCGAGCGGGCAUUUUCCUUCACGUAGGUCAGGAUGGCUACGUCGUCCGCAUCCGUGAAGGCGAUCCGACCCGCGAGCCGCUGCGGCUCCGGCUCUGCGGCGCCCUCGGCCAGGGCCCCGGGCUUUGCUUCCGAGCCAGUGUCUGCCGCCGAGGCGGAGCCCAGCCGAUAGGCCUCCAGCUCCAGCCUCUCGUUGCGCUCCACGCAGUCCAGGAUGUACUGCGUGGAGAUGAAAUCACCCGAGGCCUCGGCCAGCGCCUCCCCGGGCUGGGCCAGCAGCACCGCCCCGGGCUCCUGCACCCGGCACACGGUGCCGCCGCCGUGCAGGAUGAGCGUCGACAGCCGGCGCUUGGCCGGGCUGGGCCGCACGUAGAAGGACAUGGAGCUGCCGUCCUCCCUCACGAACAGAGUCGAGGAAUGGGUGGGCCCGUUGGGGUCUUUGCCCAAAUCCAUCGCCUCCGCCAUGUCUCACGCCGAGCACUACUAGGAGAGCUGCCUCCUCACGAGCGCCUGGCACACAGAGCGCGACUGACUGAGCUGUCGCAGCAGACGCCUCAGAUACGAAGCGCAGCACUGGGCCUGCGCAACAGCAGCCGCGGCGCAAUGAGAGCGCCUUCCCCCUCUCCCCCGGAAGAGGUGGGGCUUCGCACCUUGACCUGGAAAUUAACGUACCAUCCUACUUACUUUUGGGUCGGGCCCUCCGGAAAGAUGGCAGCGGUGCAGGCGGCCGAGGUGAAAGUGGAUGGCAGCGAGCCGAAACUGAGCAAGAAUGAGCUGAAGAGACGCCUGAAAGCCGAGAAGAAAGUAGCAGAGAAGGAGGCAAAGCAGAAGGGGCUCAGUGAGAAACAGCUAAGCCAAGCCACUGUGGCUGCCACCAGCCACACCACUGACAAUGGUGUGGGUCCUGAGGAAGAGAGCCUGGACCCAAAUCAAUACUACAAAAUCCGCAGUCAAGCAAUUCAUCAGCUGAAGGUCAAUGGGGAAAAUCCGUACCCACACAAGUUCCAUGUUGACAUCUCACUCACUGACUUCAUCCAGAAAUAUAGUCAUCUGCAGCCUGGGGAUCACCUGACUGACAUCACCUUAAAGGUGGCAGGUAGGAUCCAUGCCAAAAGAGCUUCUGGGGGAAAGCUCAUCUUCUAUGAUCUUCGAGGAGAGGGAGUGAAGUUGCAAGUCAUGGCCAAUUCCAGAAAUUAUAAAUCAGAAGAAGAAUUUAUUCAUAUUAAUAACAAACUGCGUCGGGGAGACAUAAUUGGAGUUCAGGGGAAUCCUGGGAAAACCAAGAAGGGUGAGCUGAGCAUUAUUCCGUAUGAGAUCACACUGCUGUCUCCCUGUUUGCAUAUGUUACCUCAUCUUCACUUUGGCCUCAAAGACAAGGAAACAAGGUAUCGCCAGAGAUACCUGGACUUGAUCCUGAAUGACUUCGUUAGGCAGAAAUUUAUCAUCCGCUCUAAGAUGAUCACAUAUAUAAGAAGUUUCCUGGAUGAGCUGGGAUUCCUAGAGAUUGAAACUCCCAUGAUGAACAUCAUCCCAGGGGGAGCUAUGGCCAAGCCUUUUAUCACUUAUCACAACGAGCUGGACAUGAACUUAUAUAUGAGAAUUGCUCCAGAACUCUAUCAUAAGAUGCUUGUGGUUGGUGGCAUCGACCGAGUUUAUGAAAUUGGACGCCAGUUCCGGAAUGAGGGGAUUGAUUUGACGCACAAUCCUGAGUUCACCACCUGUGAGUUCUACAUGGCCUAUGCAGACUAUCACGACGUCAUGGAAAUCACAGAGAAGAUGGUUUCAGGGAUGGUGAAGCAUAUUACAGGCAGUUACAAGGUCACCUACCACCCAGAUGGCCCAGAGGGCCAAGCCUACGAUAUUGACUUCACCCCACCCUUCCGGCGAAUCAAUAUGAUAGAAGAGCUUGAGAAAGCCCUGGGGAUGAAGCUGCCAGAAACUAAUCUCUUUGAAACUGAAGAAACUCGCAAAAUUCUUGAUGAUAUCUGUGUGGCAAAAGCUGUUGAAUGCCCUCCACCUCGGACCACAGCCAGGCUCCUGGACAAGCUUGUUGGGGAGUUCCUGGAAGUGACUUGCAUCAAUCCUACAUUCAUCUGUGAUCACCCACAGAUAAUGAGCCCUUUGGCUAAAUGGCACCGCUCUAAAGAGGGUCUGACUGAGCGCUUUGAACUGUUUGUCAUGAAGAAAGAGAUAUGCAAUGCCUACACUGAGCUGAAUGAUCCCAUGCGGCAGCGGCAGCUUUUUGAAGAACAGGCCAAGGCCAAGGCUGCAGGUGAUGAUGAGGCCAUGUUCAUAGAUGAAAACUUCUGUACUGCCCUGGAAUACGGGCUGCCCCCGACAGGUGGCUUUGGCAUGGGCCUUGACCGAGUCGCCAUGUUUCUCACGGACUCCAACAACAUCAAGGAAGUACUUCUGUUUCCGGCCAUGAAACCCGAAGACAAGAAAGAGAAUGUAGCAACCCCUGAUACGCUGGAAAGCACAACAGUUGGCACUUCUGUCUAGAAAAUAAUAAUUGCAAGUUGUAUAACUCAGGCGUCUUUGCAUUUCUGCGAAAGAUCAAGUCUGCAAGAGAAUUCUUGUGUGCUGCUUUCCAUAUGACACCGCAGUUUGGUUCAGCCAUUAGAAGAGAAACAAGGAAUUAAAAUUUUCUUUUUAAUCCUUGUUACCAAAUAAA